UAGAUAUCUAUGGGAGGAGAAGAAGAAAAUUACCCACAAUCCAGUGCGUCGUUGAAGCGGCCAUUGCUUGUGAACGGCUUCUAGCUGCAAGAGACAGCAUGGCGCUCCGUCGGCUCUUUCAGCUCUCCUCAGUCUUCCGCUCGGCUGUGACUGUGACUCUGCGCAGGAACAUCGGCAUCUCUGCCGUCCUUUUUAACAAGGCGAAGGCUCUGGACCCUGUACAGAAAGUCUUUCUGGACAAAAUCCACGAGUACAACGUCAAGAGCAAGAGCUCAGGUGGAGUGGUUGAUGGUGGUCAGAGCUACCAGAAGAAUAUGACAGAAGAGAUAAGCAAACUGCAAAGGUUAUAUGGAGGAGGCGACAUGACUAAAUUCCCAGACUUCAAAUUCACAGAGCCCAAGCUGGAAGAGGUGGCCAAGUGAGCAGCUGUCUGUUAAAAGUGUGUGUCUAUCAUUCUGAGUGAUGAAAAGAAUUAUUUAAUAAAUCUCUUGGUUGAAAAAAUGGGUAUAAUGUUCAUUUUUAUCUAUUCAUCAUAUUAAUAUCCU